GACCAAUUACCCAAAUUGAAGUUUCUUGGCUAGCUGCCACUAUUCGAAAACUGUCCACUAUCCAGCCCAUCACCUUGGAUUUUGGCAAAGUUUUCGUUGCCCGAUUGGUUAUGAGCACUGAUGAGACGAGUAUUGAAUGGUCUGAGCUAGAUCGAGUCAUCGCAGCCAUGUACAGGCCCAAGACGGCCGAGGCGCGCUCACCGUCGCACGUUAAUCAGAAGCCCAAAGAUAAUACCUAUAUUAUAUUCAGUCCUGGCAAUCCCACAUUGUUCUUGAACUCGUUGGAUCCGAUCUUGGCUACCGAGUCGGAGCGCACACUGCUGGACCGUCAUCUGACGGGCGUUAAAACGGCCAAGCAUGCGGGUCCCAUGUGGCCCAAUCCGGCAGUCCUCACAAUGGGCAUGCAAUCCGCUUCGAAUACUAUUUCCAGGACAUCCACAAUGCCCAGCACAAGCGCUGCGGCGGCUGCUGCAGCAGCUGCCAACAUAUCGAUAUCCGCAAAGGUUGUGCCUUCCAGUCGAAAGGGUCGCAUCUCUCGUAUGCCACAUGCCACCCCAUCGACGAUCCCAAACAAGUUGCGCCGAAAGCGAACGGUCAAGCAUAAGCCGGAGCAGAACAAUGUGAUUGCCCAGCUAGCCUUGACUUUUGCCGAUCCUAGCCGGCAGACCAGGACAAAGGAAAGCAUGAAGAAGAAGAACUUGAACCUGGUUAAAUAUCCGAAAUAGUGAACCACAAAAUUGAAAGCUGAAAAUUUAAGGAGAUUAUUUAUUUAUUUUACUACUUUAUGUACAGCUAUCGAAACUUUUCCAGAUCAGCACAAACCCUCAAUUGCAAGAUUCGUGCUCAAAUCCAUUUAGAGAGGCCUAAAUUCUGAUGGCACGAAUACCAUUUACAGAUGAGCUAAAUAUUUUGGAAAUGAUACAUAUUUUUAAUACCUCGAAUUGAAAUUUUCAGUAAAAGUACUUUUACAAACAAAACCUUCAACUUAAA